CGAAAACGCUGCCGCCUCGCACUGCUUUGGUCGGGGCGUCUCGGCGCGGCCUCCCCUUUCCAGUUGCCACGGGGGCGAUGCUUCGCCCCGAGGUGCGAUUCGGCAGGCGCAAGGGGCAGAUCCGAGAGGCUACGCCAAAUGAUGAAGAUGAUGUGAUGGAAGGAAUAUUUCUUCCAGUGGGAGUAGAUCUUCGCCAGAUAACUAUUUUGCCCAAAGCAGAAUGGCAAAGAAUUCAAGACAGCCUCACUGCUCGUGCAAGAGAAACAGCACGGAUUCACGCUGAAAGGAAAGCACGGAAAGAUAUGCACUUAAAGUCUCAAGCACUUGUGAAUAAUUGGACCAACACUAUUGCAGGUAUGUCACAACAAAAACUGAAAGCCAAAAAAGUGCGGCAACAGAGACAGGAAGAAGAAAGAAGAAAGGUUGACCUCGAAGAAGCAAAGUACCAAGCGCAGAAGAGAAAAGAGAAAAUAGAAGAAGUCAAAUUGCAACAGUAUUAUGAAAAUGAUAGAGUGAAAGGCUUUCAUAAAGCCUUAUUACUUAGUGAAGUUUUAAAGGAAAGAGAUGCUCAGAUGGAAUUUAAGAAGCAAAUCAAGAAUCUGCACCACAGCAAGGAUGAAGCAAUAGAGCGUGAACGUCUAAAAGCUGUACAGUUAGAAGAAGAAAAAGCUAAAACACAGCAUAUGAAGAGGCUGCAGAUUGCUAAUGAUCAACUGGAACAGAUAAAAGAACAUGAACAUCUAGCAAAUGUAAGCAGAUUAGAAGAGAAAAAAGAAAGAGAAGACAUUCAGGCAUUGACUAAGUUAUAUCAGUUGGAAAUGCAAGAAAAAGAGCAAGAGGAACGUAAAGAUAAGAUUAAACGGAGACAAGCACAUCUGGCAUAUGUUGCUGACCAGGUAACUCUCAAAGCUAUAGAAAAGCAAAAACAAGAAGAAGAAGAUGAGAGAGUUCGAACACAUUUUAGAGCAAAGCAAGCAAUGGAUAAGUUGAAAAAAGUAAAAGAAGAAGAGUUACACAGAUUAAUGGAAGAGCAGAGGGAAAGGAUUACUAACCGCCUCUUAGCGCGAAUGAAAAAGAAGACAGAUGAUGAAGAUGAGCGUAUCGCUAGAGAAAUUGCAGAGGCAGAAGAGGAGCGUGCUAGGGAGCUCAAAGCUAAAGAAGAAAAGUUGCAGGCUGAUCUGAAAUCCAUUGCAGAACACAGAAUCAAUGUGAUAAAAAUGAAAGAAGAGAAGGAAAAACAGGAGAGGUUGGAAGGUGAAAAAAUACUUCGGGAACUGAUAGAAGCAGACCGGAUCUAUCAAGAACUGGAGAAGGAUAAGAAACAUAGAAAUCAUUGUGCAAACUUAAAAUUGCAAGAAACCCAUGUCAUGCAGAUAGCUGAAAAAAUGGCACGAGAAGAGAGUGAGAAGCAGCAGGAUACUGAAUACGUUAAACAAAAAGAACUUAUUGCAUUGUACAAGGAGCAGGAGUUCCAGAAAUAUGCAAAUAAAAUAAUUGAUGAACAGUCCAAGACUACUCAGAAACUUUACCCACUUCUCAGAACACUACAUGAAGGCAUUCCUAAAUUCAGUGGUCCAGCUUAUAAUGAAUGCCAUCACUUUUGUGAGAAGGAUGCUAGUAAGCCACCAUACCUAGGUGAAACAGCUCAAGAAAUGAAGCUAUUAAAUGAACAUCAUACUAAAGCACGAUUAGGAUUUACAUGGUAAAAAGCAUUUGGAAGGAUAAAAUAGAAGUGUAACACAUUUUUCACAAUCCAAAUUGUGAAAAAUACAGUGAAAAGAAGUAAGUUUAUAAUAAAGUUUGCAGCUCUCUUGGUAUGGCUCUCUUUGCAGAAAGCUGCUUAAUUUAAAAUUUUUGGUUGGAAAUAAAAUCUAGUUAAUCCUUAGUAGCAUCUGUCCUUUCUUUCACUUUUCCCUUGUGUUACUGUGUGAUUUAUAACCUGAUUUUCUACUCUAGCAAAUACUCAAGAUAACGAACAAAAUUCAUUAAGUACAUAAGUUAAAAUGCUAAAACCAAUCAAUGAUUAGAAGCCUGGCAAAAAAGAUACAUCUCUACAGAUUUUCUGAAUGAUGAUGGCAGGGGCUAAAUGCAACUCCCAAAGGAGUUGGGAGCAGUGCAGAAAGCUCUUCCCUGUGCCACAAAGUUGGACUUCUGACAGCAGGAACAUCUUCAAAAGGUCCCCUCCUGCACACAACAGCUGCACAUAUUUGUAACAGAAUAUGUGAUCUCAUAGGCCCAAAGCUUUGAAGUGUAAUACCAAUACUUUAAACUCUGCCUAGUAAGCAAUAGGUCAUCAGUGCAGAUCUUCCAGUACAGCUAUAAUAUGAUCCCCAAACCUCACGUUGGUUAGAUUAAUUGCAAUAUUUUGCAGCAGUUUUCCAAAAUAGGUCCAUGUAGACUGGAUUGCAGUAGUCAGGAUAUGAGCGAUCCCUUGUCAGCUCUGACCAGCUCAGGAGCUAGUGCAUCGCAAUUGUCACAGUUGCUGUCUAUAGAUUUAAUUUCAAUGGCGCAUGAAGGAGGUGAGCUGCUGCGUUCUCAGCAAAUGCAACCCACCUGAAAUAAGCUUAACCUCAACCCCUGAGCCCAGUAGCCAUGCUGUCUUGUCUAGAUUUAACUUCAGAUUGUUUUCCCUCAUUCAGCCCAUUUUUUUUUAUCCCGCCUUUAUUAUUUUUAUAAAUAACUCAAGGUGGCGAACAUACCUAAUACU